AUGAAAUCUGAUGCAUUAUUAUUAUUAUUAUUAAACAAGAGCAGUAAAAGACAGACGGUGCCCUCUUUUUGUUUAAAGAGGGUGUCCAUAUUUACUUUCCAUCUCAGUAAUUUUGUAUAUGUGCUGAUUCUUACUGUCUUGCUGUGUAUUGUUACACCCCCUCCCAAAAAAAAGAGGGCGGCUUUGGCUCAGUGGGAGAGUCAGUCAUCUCUCAGUUGGGAGGUCAGGGGUGUGAUCCCAGGUCCUGCUGUCCACAUGCCACAGUGGCCUUGGGCGAGACACUUAACCUCAAACUGCCUCUGCUGGCAGUGCCCAGUGGUGUGUGAAUGGCAUUGUGUAAACUGA